CAGAGAUGUUUCACCACUUCUUGCAGCAUCAUUGAUCCAUGCUGCAGUUGAUGAAGUUCUCCAAAAAGACUUGACUGAAUUUAAGCUACAAAAUGUGGAAACAGAGGGAGAAGGAGAUGAGGAAAGGUUCACCUUGCUGGACGGGGAGUCGCUGCAGCGCUGCUUUUUUAACAAGCUGCAGGACGUGUGCUGCGAGUGGCAGAGGCAGCUGCCGCCGCUGCGGCCCCUGGCGCGCUUCCUGCUCGUGUCCAUCCACGCCAUCCGCAACGCGCGCCGCAAGAUGGAGGAUCGCCACGUGCUGCUGCCCGAGUUCAACCAGCUCUUCGGCCUCUCAGAUGAUGUUGAUCGUGCUUACUUUGCGGUGUUCGAUGGCCAUGGUGGAGUGGAUGCUGCCAAUUACUCAGCAACACACUUACAUGUCAACGUUGGGUUACAUGAAGAGAUUGUUAAGAAUCCAGGUGAAGCCUUGAAAUGCUCUUUCCAGAAGACAGAUGAAAUGUUUCUUUUCAAAGCCAAAAGAGAGAAGCUGCGGAGUGGCACAACAGGAGUGUCUGCAUUGAUUGUAGGGAACAAACUGCACAUAGCAUGGCUGGGGGACUCUCAGGUGAUGCUGGUGCAGCAAGGGAAAGCUGUGACUUUAAUGGAACCUCACAAACCAGAAAGAGAAGAUGAGAGAGCAAGGAUUGAGACUCUGGGUGGCUGUGUAACCUACAUGGACUGCUGGCGGGUUAAUGGUACCUUGGCUGUUUCCAGAGCAAUUGGUGACAUCUGCCAGAAGCCCUAUGUCUCUGGUGAUGCAGAUGGAGAUUCCUUUGAGCUGACUGGCUCAGAAGAUUACCUGCUCCUUGCCUGUGAUGGGUUCUUUGAUGCCAUCAAGCCCCCUGAGGUUGUAGACUUGGUGCUGGAUCAUUUGAUGCAGACCAAAGGAGUGGGGCUCAAAGCAGCAGAGAGACUGGUGGCUGCUGCCAAGGAGAAUGGAUCCAGUGACAACAUCACUGUGCUGGUGGUCUUCUUGAGGGAUCCCCAGGACAUCCUGGCAGACUGUGUCAGAGACUCCAAGAGCCCUGGGGCUGAUGAGGAUGCUCAGGGCUCACCCUUUACCUUCCUCAGCUGUGAGGCAGCAGCUGCACAGUGACAGAGGCUGUUUAGUCCAGAAGGUUCAAGUAAGUUCAUGUAAGGAACUGCUUUCCAGUGAAGAAGCCUCUAAUGCAGAGGGCACAAUGUAUCAGGAAAAAAGACAAAUGGACAAAUGUGGAACAGAAAGGCAAGACCCCUUUUACUGAGUUCCCAUUUGUCUUUCCCUUCUCCCUUUUCUCCCCCCUCCCCUCAAAAAACACUGAGCGGACGUGGAGAUUUGUACAGCUGUGUCAUCUCUGGGAGCAGACACUGAAGUGUGUCCCAGGGCUGUUGGUCAUAGCCCUCUGUCCUGGAAGGGUAAGAAACCACAGUAGGUAUAAGCUAAUGGAUGAGAAUAUGCAUUUCAUGAAUUCCGGGUGAAAAUUUGAAUUAGUGCUUUGAAAGAGCACUGUAUGUUGUACUUAACUGUGAUGUUACUUUGGAAGGUGGAGGGGAGAAGCUGUCCCCACCACAGAAAAGCUUUUUCCUGUGUGUGUUCUGUAGGAACAGACUUGGGGUGCAGGGACUGGCUGACACCAGUGUGCUGUGUAAGGUGCUUUUGGUUUGUACCAAAGAUAGUACAAGAGUGAUGUGGCCUCUUUAUUCAAACAGAAACAUUGAACAUUUGUGUGUAAGGAGAGGAGAAAAUAAAACUGGAUGCUCCAGAAAAGCAGAACUAGCUAGAACUAUCCCAGGGAAAAUGAUAGAAAAUCAACUGCUUUCUGGGAUGCUCUGGUUUAUAAACUGGAAUCUGAUAUUUAACUGCACUGAAUUAUUUCUCCCUAACAAAUAUGGUUAUUGGCUAUUUGGCAACCUGAAGAGACCCCUCUGGUGGUAUUUGAGAGAGAUCUUUACAGUUUGUGUGCUCAAGCAGGUAAAUGUCCUCUUCCUGCCACUAUUUUGUGUACUAUAACAAAGGAUGAAUUUAUUUUUCUUCUAAGUGUUUAUUUGUUAAUUUUCUGAACUUUACAUUUGAGGAAUGUUUUGCAGUGUUACUUUUUUUUGUUGUGGUUUUUAUUUAAACUGGAAUUUUCAAGUGGCUCUGUCUUUAUUACCUGGUGUAAAAAAAAACUGACUACCCUCAAGUGCCUUAAAUAUUUCACCCAAGGAUUUCUGGCUGCCUAUCGCAGUCUGGUGAGCCAGUUCCUAAUUUUUGAAAUGUGACUUUUUGUUUUCAUUGAUGCACUUAAAUGUUUCAGUUUGUGAAUUAUUUUUGUGGUAACUAGGUCUCAAGAAAACAUCUUUCAUUGUUGCCAAAUCUUGUGGUUUGUAGUAAAAGCUUCACUGUGACUUACUCCCUGCCCUGUGCAGAAUGCUCUAGAGGUUUAAUCAUAAAGUAACCAUCUGAGUAAUUAUUUCAUUUAAAAAGUAACUUCUGGCCUUCACAAAAAAUUUAGUAACACAAACUAGAAACAGUUUAGUAACAAUUCUUUUUCCUCAUGGAAGGUUAAUUUGGCCACGCUUCAUGAACCUUUUGGGUCAGAAUAACUUUCUAAGAACUGUGAAGCUCAGAGGAUGAAAGAAGUGUAAUGAAUAUGUGAGGGUGUUUGCACAACUGCUCCAUUCAGGACGUGCUAGAGCCUGUGGUUGUGUUUUGUCUUGCCUGGCUAGCAGGACUCAACAAGAUCAGAAGGCUCAAUGGUAAAUUUGUUAUUAACUUCAGUGUCUAAACAAGAAGUGCUUUGCAUCUGGCAGCAAGAUUGUAUGCCACAUUUAGAAGCACAUGUCAUUGCAAUAUGUCAGUCCUACUGGUUAAAAUAUGGUGAGCAUUAGUGCUGCUUGGGGAGGAAGCUGAGGCAGAAGAGCUGGGUGGCUCAGAGGAAGAACAGAGCAGCACUGUCUGUCCCCAGUCUCUGGAUCCUUUGCUGAUGUGGGAUGGUGCAGUGACCCCAAGGCUUUUGCUGGAAUUCCUGAGGAUGAUCCUCCAGUUUUUAAUGUAGGAGCUCCUCAGUGACCUCCUCUCUCACCACACAGCAGCUCAGACAGCAACUGCCUUGUUUUGGCACAGGGGCUUUUCUGCUGGGAAGGCUGUAAGCAGUUUUCCACCCUACAUUUUGGUGUCUUAAAAUGUGUGGGGAAGGAUUUCCAUUCUGGCAGCCUGAUGGGGUGGGCAUCAGUGUUUGUAGUGAACCUUCUUCAGUUAAGGAAGCCCUUGGGCUUGUUCAGUCAUCUCCUUGGAUUUAUCAACUCCUCUGUCUGGUUUCUAGCCAGAUAUUCAAUUCCAUGCUAAAUCCUGAUGACCACUAGUGCCUCUUGGUGUCUUAGAAACAGUUCUAUUAUUAAUAGAGUAAGAAACAUGCAGAAUUGAUUGCUAUCUAAGGGUUAUCAGGGGAGGAGGAAAUUAUUGUAUUUAUGAAAGAAGGUGUGAAAUAUUGGUAAGUUCAUUAUAUUGGUUUAGUUUCUGAAAUUUGCCAAAUUUCCUCAAAGGUGAAAGGGAUUGAACAAGCCAAACUUUGUAAUGGUUAUUUUUUUCAACCUUUUCUGGGCAGAUUUGCAUUACAGAGGAAAAAAAGUCCUAAGUCUUUGAUGGAUGCUUGCAGCUAUGUGAGAAUAUAGUUUUUUGUUUCAAAUUUGAUAAUUUCUGUUCUAUGGGAGCUAAGUGAAGUAAGCCUUUAGAAAGCUGUCUGUGGCAAUAAUAAAAUCUAAUUCUCAAGCAAUGCUCUAGGGAAGAAAUUCUGCAUUCUUAGAAGCUGUUCCCUUACAUUUACAUUCAUUCUGAAUGACAUAGUGCUUCAUUUCUUUGAGAUGUAAAUGAAUAGGAACAGUCUUUGAGAAGUCAGAGAGAUUACAGCAUGGAUUAAAAGUAUUUCUCUCAUUUUCAGAUACUUCUUACUAGUUUUAUAAAGUCUGGUCAGGUCAACAGAAAUUGUAAUGGGUCAAAAAAGGCAGUUUGUAUCCCAUAGCUAGAAUAAGUGAUUCCUGAUGUGUCAUCUACAGGAAAACCCCAAAUACAGUUUGGGGUUGAGCUGUAGAAAUUUGCUGAAUUAUUCAAGACAAAUGUUCAAUAAUUUUCACAUUUUACUAGACUCCAAAUGAAUGUCUGGUGAGUGCAUUUUAGCACUCAGUAGAAGAAAAAUUGUUCUUUAGAGGAGCCUGAAAUUUUAAAACAGAGCACACUUAAAUUCUUUUGUUGUUUGGCUGGAAACUGACUUCAGUUCUUCUGCUUAGUGGGUAUCCAACAUCUCUCUUGCUUGUGGGUAGUUCAUGCUUCUACCUUCCCUUCCUUUCCCCAUCCUCUCCUUCCAAGCCACACACCUAAGACAGUGAAUAUUCUGGGUCUGACAGAGGCAAGAUGAAAGUUUUACAAAUAACAUUUGUUUGGGGGGUUCAUUUUGGCUUUUUUUUUCCCUGAGAAUACGGAUGAUAGAAAAGCAAGAAAAUUCUUAGAACAGAGAGAGAUUAAGUAAAAUCCACCCUCUGAGUGAUGGAGGAGUGAAAGAGAGAGACAGGAAUGCAUUUAAGUAUUAUUAAUGCCUAUUUUAAAAAGGAAGUGGGCUGGAAAAUAGAGCUACAAAUGUCAGUUCUUUAGAGUGAAAUACCAGUGCUUGAAAGAAUUGGAAACACACCCAUUAAAAAGGCAGAGCUCAGCUGUGCUAACUCUUGUCUUCAAGCAGCCAGAGAAGGAAUAGCACUAAAGUGUCCAAGGUGACUUUGUGUGACCCCUCAACACCACCAUGGCAGCUAAUGCUCCUAAAUGGAUUUUUCCAAACAUCCUUCUGUGCUCAGAGGGAGCAGCCAGCCUCUGCAGUUCCUGGUCACUGUGCAAUGCUGCUGUGAGUAAACCUGGAGUGUUCAUGAGUGGAGGGGCUGGUGAGCCCUGCAGGAUGAGUAAUUGGGCACCGAGUGGUUACAGCAGUGCUGGCAGCUGAGUGCUGUUAAUCACUGUGCUGACUUUAAUAGCAUUUAAUAGACACUUAUCUCCAUUCAAAGUCAGAUGUGAUACUGCUCUUUUAAAAUGCAUUUCCAGUGCCAUUAACCUUCUGUCAUGAGGAGGCACUAAAAUUUCCACUUUCUUGUUGGAUAUUGGGAAAAGUGCUUCUCUUGUUUUCUGAAUUCUGGAGAUAACUUGGCUGUCAGCACUGGAAAACCUGUGUUCAGUUGAUCACUUAAAUCAGUUAUUUGGGGUUGAAGCUUCCCUCCCAGGUGAAAAAAACCCCAAGAUACCAACACCUAAAAACUAACCUAAAAAAGGUGUUUCCAAAACAAGUGGCUAAGAACUUUUGUAAUUGGUAUUUGUAAAUGGCCUUGCACAAAAGGUACCCAGCAAACAGCCUCCAUCUAUAAAGGGCAUAGACAGUAAAGUCUAAGUUAAUAUUGCAGCUCUACUCUUAGUGCAGAUUUGACUCUGUUGAUUGAACUCUUUGUGUUCUUGUGGAUGCAGGUACUGGAUGUGCAGCACCAGCCAUUGUGUUUCUAGUCUUGCAGUACUGGAGUAUCAAGCAAAUGCUUUAGGGAGCAGGUAGGGGGAUGUCAGCCACAACAGAGCAGAUUGCAGAUGAUUCAUGUAUAAUUUAGCUCUGGUUAAGCCUGAAUUAAAUGUCCCUGCUUAGUUCUGUUACUGUCCCUUUUGCAAUUGGGCCUGUGCCUUUAGACAGAUUCCUACUAGGAAAAAAUGGUUCAUUGCCCCUUUUUGAGGAGCAAACUCUUCUGAUGAACAAAAUGCCACCCAGGAAGGAUUGGGGAAGGAGAAAAAUGAGCUUUCAAAUGAAUGUGAAACUGCCCAAUCUACAUGAAGUUAUGUACUCUCCCUAAGCACAAAUUUAUAGCAGCUCUGGUUGCAUUUGAGUAGUACCAGGGGGGUUUUUGCCAAGCUCAUCAAAACCUUUCAAACAGCAUCAAAACCAAGAGGCUGGUCCUUUCUCUGUUACUAAAUCAAGCCGCUCAACCAGCCAGUCCUGUGGAGUAUUUGUUUUGUAGCAUUGACAGCUCUUAAGAGCUAAGCCAGACACUUUCUGCAUGUGUUUUGGUUAGAUUUUAUUUAAUUUCAAGUUAUUUUUAUUUAUAUAAUUCAUGUCAGCUGAAAACUAAGCAAAUGAGACUUGAAGGAGUGACUGCACUUCUGAACAUGUAUCUGUCGUAGACACUUGUACAAGUAAUGCCUUAAAAUGAGCUGGUAGGAUCUUGUGACAGAUAACCUUAUCUCUGCAUGGAACAGGAAACCAAAAUCUUCCAAACAAUCACAUAAACCUUUAUUUUGGUGAGACCCAUCAGACCUGAACACUCUUCAGUGUCCCUGGUUUAAUGCAUGUUCCACGCUGCACAUCCUGCUGCUCAUGCACACAAAAAUAAACAAGGGACAGCUGUGUUGGCCACAUAAAAUUUAGCAAGAUGCAGCUUUUGUUAAGUAGGAGAGGACAAGAUCAAUAGGAAAAGAAAUGUUUUCAAGCUUCUUGGAAUGCAAACAAUAGAAUUAAAAAAAAGCAGCCUAGAAGAGCUGGCAGUGCACUGUCAGCUGAAAACCACUGUUUCAAGCAAAUGAAUUUGGCUUUGUUGUAAUGUCUGUUUUAUUUUGAUAACAAACUCCUCUCAGUCAGAGUUUUAUGUCUUAUUAUGUGCCUUUUAGCUGAAGAGACAAGAUACAUCCAGUUCCUUAGAAACUUAAAUAUAUCUGGUCUUUGUGACAUGCUAGAUCCUGAUUAUUGAAUUUUCACUCAACUCUUAAGCCUGAUUGCUAAUUUCCAGGAGAUAUUAAUAUAUCAAAUACUGAAAUUAUUACUGAUUAAAUGGUUUUGGAGUUCCAUGCAAGGGAAUGUCAUUGGUCUUUCCUGACCAAGUGGAUCACUCCUUGAAGUUAUUUAUCCCUUUCAAGGCCAUACAUUAGGCAGGUAAAAGGUUUGUUGCUUUGGCAAAUGGAGCUGGAAUGUGUGACCAUGAUCCCUGCCAGGAGCUAUUUAUCCUUUUAUCUAAGCAAUGAUGCUUCUUUUUGGAUGUCCAAGGAUAAAGAGAUAAUAGCUAGGAAACCAGGGUGAAACCUUUCUGAAAAGACAUUUGGCUGAAUAUUGCAUGAUUAAUGCUGCUUUCUUUGUCUUUCUCCACUUUUUUUUUUUAUUUAGUGUAUUUAAUAAUAGCAAGAUUUUUCUUUAAUUUGGGGUCAAAACUUUAUACUGACAAAAAAAGGCCAGUAUAAAGUUUUUAAGUUCCUUUAACUUAAUUACUUCAAUUACUUUGAACUUCCUCUUCUGCAAGUCAGUUCUGCUCUGUAUCCUUCCUAUUUUAUUCCCAAUUUUCUUUUCUUCUAUCUUUUAUGUCCUUUUACAUUGUUACCCUCUCCCUCCCCAAAAUGCUGCUUUUUAGGCUAUAAAAUCUGUUGGUUGUUAAGUCAGUUUAGUUGCCAUUUUGUAAUUUUCACUUCAUUUGUGUCCAUAGUGAAUUUGGUCCGAUUUUUGGAGGCCUGCAACACCAAGAGUGUAAAAAGAACCAUGUCAGCUAGGAAGAUAAGAGACUACAAUAACUGUUGCUUUGGCAUGGACCAGUAUUGGAUAUGUAAGAAGAAAAUUCUGAGAUUUGUAUUUUACUUCAUAGGAAUACUUAAGCUUAUUUCAGGUAACAAUAGCUCUCACCCUGAUUACAGAAGUUCAGAAAUGUUCUUGUCUUUCCUUAUUCCUGCAGAUAGUUUGCGUUUUCAAACAUUUGCACUGUUGAGAGUGGGGGGAAAAGCUUUCUGCCUUCCUUGCCCUCCCCAGCUCUGUCCCAGCCCAGCUGAGCAGGGUGGGAGCAGCAGCACAGCCCCAGCUCAGCCACCUCUCACUCAGUGCCUGCCCCGUCCUGUAAUGCCCGUGCGUGAGGAGGGGUAAGUCAGACCACUGUAACUACUCCUGCUGACCUAAAAUAUAUCUUCUUAUCAGUAUUAAAACAGUACAAGAGCAGAGCUGUUGCUUUAGGCACAUUUCUUGCCACUGUGUUGGCUGAACCUUGAAUGGAAGUAAGAGGGCCAGUGACUUUGAAAUAGGAGCUGUUAGCCAAGUUUUGUAGAAUCAUAGUCCUUAUUUAUUUUAUAUGCUAAUCUGCACUUGUGACCUGAGCAGAAAAGCUGCAGUACAGCAGGUUUCAUAAGCUGUGGCUUAACCAGUUAUCUAGUCUCUUACAACUCUUAUUUAAGCUGACUGGUUUUAUGCACAAGUUGAAAACCUGUUGUCAUUGAUCAUUAAAUGCUAUGCAUAUUGUACAUUCAUUUACAUGGAUUGUUCUAAUAGUGCUUGUGUGUAUUAUGCUACAUUACCAUAUUUUUUAUAUAUGUAUGUAUUGCAUGAGGUUUAAUUGUUGGAAAUUUUUUGUACUGUCACUUUUGUAUUCACACAGUGCCUCAUGUAUCUAUUUGCAUAUUGCAAGAAGUUGUUUCAAAACAGUGAUUGGAAACAGGUGGGGAUAAGAACUUGCCACUGUAGGAUCUGAGGGUUCUGAAGUAUUAAUAAAGUAUAGUGACUCAAAGCACUGUUUGUUUCUUUUCUUAAAAUCUAUCUCAUUCUAAUAUUUCAGGUGCCUCAUGUUGCAACUUUUUUCAUGUAGGUCAUGGUGCACAUCUUUGAGUGGUUACCCUGUCUCACCAUGUUACCUUCCUCCAUAGGGCUUUUCUGGGAAAAGAGAUCAGUGGCAGCACUAGAAGGAAGCAAUCCUUGGGGUUACAAUGUGCUUACUUGAAAAGAUGAAUGUCACUGAAACUAUUUCAGGACUGUGUACCUCUAAUUUGAUCUGUUCCUUCUUUUUCCCAGCUGACCACAGUGACAGUGCAGGUUAAGUGAGGUGUACUGCUGGUGUCCUGCAGUAACAGGAUAAUGAUCUGGAAGACUCUGUUGCAGCCAGACAUGGUGACAAUUUAUUUACUUGAAUACUUGUUAAAGAAGUCUUUGACCACUGAAGUGGGAGGCUGGAGAGCAAAUCCUCAGAGUAUGUUAGGGCUAAUUUACUACAGAACAUAGAGAAAGUUCGAAGUGGAAUGGUAACCUGAAAUACAAGUCAGGCUUGGGAGCUGAGCUAACCUGUGUGGUUGUUUCUGAAGUGCAGGUGUUCAUAUCCUUAUGAGAGGAAGAUAUAAGGAGAGCAGGACAGAGAUGGGAGACUUGACAAAAGGCAAGCUUUAACAAGGGGAUCUGAGAGAUGCAAUCUUUCAGGAAGUUUGUCUAAAUGCUUUUGUAUUUAUCCUAGAGAGAAAAAAUUCUACAAGGACCCAGAAUGCUGCAUCACAGGGAAGCAGAUGAAGUAUUCUUGAAAUACAAAAAUAAGUAUAACCAAAUGAAUCAUCAGGUGUGUUCUGGUCAAGAUGUUAUGGGCAUGCUUGAACCUACUUCAGAUCAAAUCUCAAGUCUCUUGAAAAUAUCUCGCAUUUCAUGGUUCUAAACGCCUUUUUUUUUGUUUGCUUUCAUUUUAUUCUUUUAAAAGGAAGAAUUGCUGGGGUGAAACUUCACUUGUAAUAAUCUCUAAAAAAGCAGCAAAUUCCUAGAAAAGUGUGGGCUGGGGAUUUGCUUGACUAGGUUUAGCAGCAAAUCCAGCCUGUGAUUCACUGGGCUCACCGGGGAGCACAAGCAGCAGCUGACUGCUGCUGUUCUUCUGUGGUUUUGUAAAAAGCAGCUGUGGGAAUCCAUCAGCAGGUAACUCCACAGUCCAAAGGCAGCUACAGCUGAUCUUUGCCAAUAACAACACAGAGCUGAACAAAGUCACUCCAGUGUCUCAUGGGAAUCCCUGGUGCUUCCCUUCCCAAAGGCACUGCCUUCCUCUGGGUCAGAGCCCAUUCCAGCUGCAGGUGAGAACAGGACUGGACAUCACUGUUGUUUCUCCUUGCUGGUGCCCAACAUUGGCUUUGCAGUCUCCUUUUGAACAGUAGGAGAUGAAAUCCAGGCAUUGCUGAUUCUUGGCAGUGCUGUUGUACUCGUGACUGUUUUCCUUCUCAUCCAACAGAUCCCCACCACCCAUGUGUUCAACAUGGGGCUCAGAGCCAACCUUCUGCUCCAGGAUUCCAGUCAUUUCAGGCUCUGUUACUGAAGGGUUUGAGCAAGAAACAAUCAAUAAGCCUAUGGAAGUGAAUGUCAAGGGACAGCCUUUUGGCCAGUUUGGGUCAGCUGUUCUGGCUGUGCUCCCUCCCAGCUGCUUGUGCACCUCCUCACUGGCAGAGCCUGGAAAACGGAGAUGUCCUUGAUUUAGAGUAAGCACUGCUUAGCAACAACUUACAGCAUCAGUGUGUUAUCAACAUUAUUCUUACACUGAAUCUAAACUACAGCACUGUACCAGCCACUAGGAAGAAAAUUAACUCUAUCCCAGCCAAAACCAAGGCUCUGCCAACAGCCUGGAAAUGCCUGUCCUUUCCACCUGGGAAAUGGAGGGAGCAGAAGUGCUUCUUCAGAGACUGGGAGAACUUUAAGAAAUAUGGGUUCUUCUAGUAAUGCAGACUUCACAUCUCUGCCAUUUGGUGAGGGAUAGAUAAAACAUUUUCUGCAUCUAGAUCAAGUUUGCUAUUCAAGUAGCACUAAUGUAGAUUACAGGCUUUCAUCUUAUUGUCUCUAAUUAUUUUUUUUAAGAAAUCAAGCAUAACCUUGAAUAUGUCAUGCAGAAAGUUGUUUGUAAAUUACAUGUAGAGACUGUAAUGGGUAUUUACCUGUUUCACCAAACCGAUACCAUAGUUUUGCUCAUGUAACUGCAGGACUUUUAUGGUCAAUGUCUCAUAUAUAAAAAAAACCAACCUUGAUGGGUUUUUUCAAAGUGUUAAGCUGUUCUUGCACUCUUCUGAUUUGGAUCACUAACAAAAUAUGUUAUUUGUUGCACUACAGUAAAUUCUUAAUAUCUGGUUAGAUGCUUUUUGAUGCUUGUGUUUUGUUUUAUUUUGGGUGUUGUUUGGUUUUGUUUUUUUUUUUUUUUACUGGAGUCAAAAUGUUUUGAAGUUUGAGUUUGCCAUGUUCUCAUGUUGUUAUGUUGAGCUGUUUGGAAAGGAUCUUAAGUUCUCAUUAGAAUGAGAAAAUAUUUAAAUGUUUAAAUGCUGCAGCUGUUACCUAGCCUUCAAAUAGAAGUAGCUCUUGGAAAGGACUAUUUUGAACAAGCCUUCACAAAGAUAAACCUGCUCACUUUCUAUGAGAGUUCACAGUAUGCUUGAGGCACACAGUAAGGCAAAACCAAGUCCUUUUUGCAUAGCCUAGAAGAAGAUAUUCCAGCUAUGCUGUGGUGAGCCAGGCUAGCUCCAGAACUGCAGUCUGCACUUCGGUGAUGUUCUGUUUUCCCUGGGAGGAUUGAACCAACCACAGAAGAGAGACUUCCCACAUCACAUUCUGGGCUGUAGGGUAAGCACUGCCAGGAAAAAUCUGGGACUUUCUUGUACCCAGCCUGAUUUUCUGUGUGGACCUUCAGGUGCUGAGCCCUUGCAGGAGCCAGGACAGCGCUCCUGUGCCCGGGGAAGGCAGGAGGGGCUCGGCAGGGAGAAGGGGAAUGGCUCAGCAGGUGCCCGCAUCCCUCCAGGGCUCCGUGUGCCGCCCCUAGAGGGCUCCCGCCUUCCUCCGGCCGCAGCGAACCAGAGAGCCGGGGGGAGCCGCAAUCUGCACCAGAGAGCCCUCUGCGAGUGCUGCCCUGCCCUUCGCGUCUUCGCCUUGGGGUGGCCACUGGAAAGCCGAGGGGGAAGCGUUUCUUUGCAUGAUGACACCUUCCUUCCUCCCGUGUCCUUUAAGAAGUUGCCAUUUUUCUGGCGGUAAUUCUGUGGCUUGCUUUGUACUGAUUAAGAUCCAAGCAGUUGGUUCAGGCUGGGGCCCAGCUGCCUGAUACCAGAUCUCUGAUAACAGCAGAAAUUUGGGGAGGGUGCAAAAAGCUUCUUAAAUGAGAGGCAAGAAAUAAAUCUUUCCUAUAAGGGCUGGGACUAAACAAGUGUAGGUUAGUAUGAUACUCCUUUUGGCAUCUCUUAGUCAAGAUUAAAAAAUUCUGAAGCCCUCUUUCUCUUUAUAUAGGAUAUAAAAGGUGUUUCUCUACAAAGAGAUGCCUCUUUUUUAAUCUUCUAAUUGACAGCCCAGUUCCUUUAUGAAACCACAUUCUGGAGUCAAUGUGGGGAAAGGAAAAAUAAUUCUAACAAGGGACGAGAAGACACUUCAGGAUUUCUGCCUAAUUAAUUAUAGUCAUUUAAAAUCUUGAGCAAAGUCUAUGCUUGGAGAAGUUCUAAGUUAUAAUUAUGCCAAGCUGCUAACGAUGGAUCUAAUUGUUGGGUUACAGACAAGCACAGGUAACACGAGCUAGGCCACUGACAACAGAUAUUUUACCCCAUUGUUUUCUGUUGAUGCAGCUAAUUCCACACAACUGUUCCAGCAGCUGGAAUGACCAGCAUGGGCUGAGUGUGGAGGCACGUCAGGAGUUUUCCCUGACAGACUUAACUGGCACAAGGUCAUUGGUCUUCACAGGUACCAUGUCCUCCUUAGUGCUGGCUGGCAGAAGGCUCCCUGGAGCACAGCUGUUGAACCCCACCAUGAUGGAUUUGGAGAUGGGAGAAUGGAUCAGCUGCUGAGAUGACUCUGCCCUCUUUCUACCCCAUAUCUUUCUGAAGAACAGAAAUGUUGCCAUUGAGAUGAAAGUCAAAUUCAACAGUGCAGGCAGGCUUUGGUGUUGCACUGGUGAGUGUGCUCUUAAAACCAAACAGUAAUCCUGUCCCUCUCUCUGUCCUCCCUCCAAAGGAUUUCCAUCUCUUCAGAGUGAUAGAAAUAUCAACAUAUACAUGGACAGGCCUUACUCUUACUAUAGACCAUGGGCUGGUUGCCUCUACAAUUUUUAGUGUCCUGAUGGAUCAGGACACUAAAGUGAGUAUCAAAUUCCAGACAUCUGCUACUAAGGUUACAUUGAAAGUCUAAAUACAAGUGUUUGAAAGUUACCAGCUAAACCACUGAGACAAGGUUCCUGCUGCACAGAGAGCGAUACCAGAAAAUUGUAAGGAAAGCAUUUCAAGUGCUGGAUUUUGUACUGACACUAAAACCUUUGGAAAAUAGUUUAAUCUUCCUUCCCUCACCAAUUAUGUUCUUUCUCAUGGAAAAGUUUAUAAGGCUUGGUUUUGCCUGAAUUGUAGUGUUUCAAUUGUCUUGGUUUGGUUUGCUUUCCAAGGUAAAUAGAUUAUAGAUCUGUGUUGUCAGUCUUAAACCUUUGUAAUUGGUAGUUUGUACUUUUUUAUUUCCUUGGUAAUACUAGCAAGAGAUGGUGAAGGACUGUUUUCUGCUGGGCAAGUUAGACACGAAGGGGAUCUGAGCAAUUUAGUGGUUUUUACUUUUAGGUAGUUUAAGGAAGACCUAAUGAAUGAGCCAUAAUACAAAUACUAACAAAAACUGUUUCUUCCCCCUACUAAUAAUCACCUUUUGUAAUGGAAGACACAUUGCAGAGGCUGCCCCUGUCAUUAGAAAAUUGUCUUCUAAUAUUUUCUUGUUAAUGACCUUUUAAGUCAGUGAGUAUUCCCACUAGCCGUUGGCCAGGCCAGGAUGUGCAUUAGCAGGCUAAUGGCAGGAGUCCUUGCUGUGUCUCAUGGCAAUCCUGUGCAGCUGCCUGCAGCACUUGGAGCACUUAAUGCUGCCUUUAGCUCUGCUAAAGCACUUCUUGUGCUCCCAGCACCUCCUUUGGGAGGCUGCUCCAUUGGCUAAUAGACCUCACUGUCAGGAAGUCUUUCCUGUUCUUCAGUCUUACUGAUCUCAGCUCCAAAAUAUAGAACUAUGACUUCUUUGACUACUCUUCAAUGAAAAGUUUAAAAUGAAGAAAAGGAAAGAACACAAGUUAUCACACUUGUAUAAAGUAUAAAACUGAAACUAGCCUGGUUUCCAAUCUUCACUGUAAAACUUAUAGAGCUUGGGGUUUUAGUUAAAUGCUGCCUGCAGACAUUUUUGGCUGAUGGCAGCAAGAUCUUGAAGCUGGCUAGCAUUAAACCCACCCAUAAAUAAAACUACUGUGCCUUUGGGUCUGUCAGGGACCGAUGUGUGUGCCUGUGUCAUGUACAAAAGCUGGCAGCUAAUGAAAGCCACACAGAGCUGUUCAGGGAAGUUUGUGAGGUUACACAAUGCACUAGUUGAGAUGUCACAGGAAAGCCAGGGGCUGGGGGUGUGGAGGGAGGACCACCAGGGCUGCAUUUUGCAGAAAAAAGGUGUCAGCACAAGAGCAGCCUGCAAAGCUCCCAGGCUGGGCAGUGGGAGCUGCCUGCAGCCCUCCCCAGCCUGGGAGAGAGGCUGGUGUGCAGGAAGUAGCUGGAGAGGGGUUUUCACAAGGACCUGUUGUUUGGUUGCUCAGAUUAUAUCAGUGUUCUGGCUAUUGAGAGGGAUUUGGCCUUUGGGUUUUGCUUUCAGCUUUAUUUAUUUUUGCCCGUUCUCAAUUCUCUUUGUGAAUACCAAUAUUCUGAGUCACCCAGAAUGAUUUCUGCCUUCAUUAAAGAUUCCUUCCAGCUCCCCUUCGACUGCCUGUAGGCUGUUGCCUGCCCCUGCCUCCCCCUUUGCACUUUGCUGCACAUAUUUAGCUCUCAGUAUUCCAUCACUUCUCAACUCCUGCAGCUCUGGCACCUGACUGCCUUCGGUUCUUUGCACAAUUUGUGUUCUUCACCUGAUCUCUUCUGCACUAUCCCUGCACUGUCCCACAUGUUUCCCAGCAUCUGAGAUAUGGUAUGAGGCUACAGUUUAUCCCAGUGCUACAGCAGCUCUGCUUGGAGCUGAUUGAGUGAAAUGCUUCAGCCUGGAAACCAGGCAUCCAGAGCCUUUGGACUGUUUCUGUUACACAGCUCCUUCUGUGUCACCCUGGAUGAAUCCAUUUAACUAUUUGCCUUUGUUUCUUUGAUAUACAUUGAUGUUGAAACUGUCUAUGGUAUCUACACCAACCAGACAGGGCCACUUUUGUCUAAAACCAAAAUUAAAAGAUGCACUAUACAAAAAAAGUAAUUGUAUAGUGCUUUAAGGGGUAAUCCUACAUGAACUGCUGAGCUUUGUCACACUCUAAAGCUCAUGUGUAAGAAAAUACACAAUAGAAAAAAAUCAAUACAGAAAAUAACCUGGGAAGGAGGAUGGGUCACUGUGUCAAUACUGUAGAUGCCUAAGUGCUCAUUAAUGACUGUCCCUAAUGGUAUUCAAACAAUCUACAUUUGCUUUAGCUUUUUUCAAAGUCCAGAUGAGCUGCUCAGAGCUCUCUUAAUGAUGCGAAUUAUUUAAUGCUCAUUUGUAUGCAGUAUGUUCCUGCUUUGAAAGUACUUCAGAGAAUUGGAGCCAAAUUCAGCCUUGCAGCUCCACUGAAGUCAGUGCUUGUCUGUGCAUCUGUUGGUCGCUUCUCUUUUUGGUUUUGAUUGAAGAGCUAUCUUCUUGUUAUGCUGAUAAUAUUUUUUUAAAGGUAAUACCUGCAAAGGAUUUUUCAUCACUCUUCUCUCCUCCCAAAAAAUCAGCUGUAAGUACAGAAGCAGUUCUGCUGAUUCUCACAUCUCUCUCUUAACCCCCCUGCAAGAGGACAGGCUAAGCAGAAUACAAUUUUGGUGUUCUUUUCUUUCUUUUACUUUGCACCUCCUAAGCACAGUUUCAGUGAUAUCUGGCACUUCUCCUGAAAAUCAUCCUGCAAAGAAUCUCUGCCAUCUGAUGUAUGCAAGAUAUUCUCUGUGGCCCAUUUCUGGUUUAACACAACAUGGACUGGUGGAGGCCAAACUCUUGUACAAUUCUCUAGGUUGGUUGUGCUCAGCAUAACAAUGUUAGGAUGUGUAUUCUUGUUGUUGAGAGCAAUAGACACAGGAGCCUACCUGAAGUUUUGAUUUAAAGUGCUAAAAGGUGGAACAGACACUCUUAGUUCAACCACAUACUCGGUUUUGGUUAGACUUGAUAACUGCAGUAUUCUUGUAAUGUAGUUUUUUCCAUGUCAUAGUUAUCCCAACCUAUGUUUUUAACACACACUGAAGAAAAUAAUAAUUGCAAAAAUAUUGUUCAGCCCCUCAGAGUAAUGAGUAGGGUGUGAUUUUCAGCUUGCAGCACAGACCCACAGCCAUCUACUGCCUGCACAGAGGAAGUGGGAGUAAUGGAACAGCAACCUUUCUAGAUGUGCAUGUCACUAGAAUGGGCAGAGACACUUCUUGUCAGGUGUUAGAGAUUUGCUGGCAGCACAGGGAUGAGUGCUGAGACGUGGGAAUAAUGGCUUCAUUUCCAAGCUCCACAGCAGAUCAAUCCAGAUGCCCUGUUGCCCUAUUUUACAUAAUGGAGUGUAUGACUGCUUCCCCUCUGCCUUUUCUGCAGUACUGCCCUCCAGCUCCUGCCUGGCUUAAUUUGGAUGUUCCCUAUUGCUACUCCUUCCCUGCUCCCCUCAACUCCUCCCUCCCCACUGCUUGCCUAUCCCUUUUGGCCUGCAUCUCUUCCCUCUCUCCUGCUGGGAUGGAUUUAAUCCCCGGAGGAAUGUGGCCCACAGGCCUCUGCAGGACUUGGGUGUGACUCUGGAGAGCCACUGAUGCUGAAUGUAAAGCAGUAAAAAGCAACCUCCUAUCACCUGGCAGCACAGGCAGGGAAGAGCUGGAUAUCUGUGGGCUGUUCAGUGUGCCUGGCUGUCCAGACGGCUUAUCAGAUUAAAAAUAGAGGCCAGACUUUUCGGCUUCAUGUGCCAUUUCCCUAUUCAUUGUGUCUGGGUGAUGCAUUCUCUGCCUGUGGUUUGAAUAAAUAUCUUUCAUAGCUACUUUCUGCUUCAGUCCCCCCUGGGACAGCUGCAUCAGUGGGCUGAAGAUGUGAAGUCCAAGUGUGUGGAACAGAGGAAAGAGGAGAGAGAACUUCAUGCAGAGCAUCUAAGAAGCUUUGGCUUCAAUCGUAUCUCUGUGAAAGCUGCUGCACAUAACAUAAGCCUCACCUGCAGUGUAAGCUGCACACAACUCUCUUACUCAAGGCUCUUCUUCCCUUUCCUCUCUAUAUUUAUAUGUCCACAGAGCAUUCAAAAGUAUUUGCAAGGAGAAUCCCAAGCUACUGGUAGGACCCAAACUUGUGAUGGUUUUUUAUAAGAGUUUGCAUUUGGGAUGUUGCUGUGUUACAGAGAGUAUCCUGGAAAAGUAACAGGGAUGUAAUGGAAAAAAGAAAUAACAAUUCUGUGUGGGGAAAGUGAGUUUUGCUUUAUGUAGUAAGCACCCAUCUCAACCCUGCUAGAGCAGAACAAACCCUCUCUCUCACAGAAACCCGAGUUGUUGUUAAUUAACGUCUUGCUGAAAACGAAGGCUUUGCCAUCUGUUCCGCCACCUCACUACGAAUGUGCUCUCAUGUUGAUUAUGUAAGUAAAAAUGAAAAUAUAUUUUGGUAGAGUGCUGCAUGGCACUGUGCUGAUUCUUCUGUUUCUAUUUACCAUUCCCUGCCCCCAUCCCACAAGGAAAGGAAAAGGCCACAAUUGUUUGACUCCUCGGCAGCUUUAUCCUGGAGCUGCUGUCCUGGCUGCCAAGCCCUGUGUGUUGUGGGAGCAGCCACCUCACCCCUGCUGUGUUUGAGCUGUGAGCCCUUUGCAAACCCUGCUUAUUACUGGGUUCUUGAAAAAGCCAUGGUGGGAAGAUGCCCCUUAAGCUGAAGCUGCUUAAAUUCUUGUGAGGGGUUAACUUGAAAUGCAGAAGAAAAGUGAAAAGGAAGGCCUGGUUACUCCUUAAGUGAUAGCCUGGCCUCUGGGAGCAGCCUGCUGCUCCUGUUACAAGCGUGGCCUCUGUCUGUCCAAGGGUGGAGAAGGAGAGAAAGAGGAGGGGUAGCUUUCCUGUAAGUGGGUUAGAGCAAUUACUGAGGUCUCUUACAGCAAAUGAAGUUGUCAGUGUGAGUCACAUUCCCUUUUUUCCCUCACUGCCAAGUUUUUAGUACUAACUAGACAGAGGGAGAAAAAAAAAAAAGGAAAAGCAACAAUGGGGUAAAGUUGAACUGGAACAACCCUUCAUUCGGGGUAUUGUUUGAUGUUUUAGCUCUGAUUGUACAUAGAGAUAAAGGAUCUAUAAAUAUCCUGUCUGCUGAAAUUCCUUAUCACAGCAUCGCCUGUCAGCUGAACAAAUAGGUUAGGCUCUCAAAUAAUACAUAAUUAUGUAUGUAAAUACAAAAUUACUGAUUAAAUCCCUGCAAUGCCACAUGCAAUGGAACCUCAUCACUGGAGAGGACAUUAACCUCUUGUGGUGCACCAGAGCUGCCUCAGGCUCAGGACAGCAAGUGGCACAAGCAGCUGUUACUGCUGAAACAGCAGGAGCUUGGAGACUGGGCUGGAAUAAGCAAGGAGAUAUUUAUCUGCAUGACUAGACUAGAUGAAAGCAUCUUCUGACACUUUUUGAAAAUAUCUGAGCAUUUAGUUCUGUUUAGCAAAUGUCUGGAACCUUUUCUACUCUGCUUUAGAGCUUUUAAUGAAGCAUUGUGAUUCCCAUUGUGGUCAAUUGUUUGACACUUUUAUUAUUACUGGUAUGCAGAGUGUUUUUUAAUGUUUGACAGCUGGAGAAAGAAGUAUUUUGUGCAUUGAAACUUUUAGCACAAAGCUGCUGUUUUCCAUUCUGCCUUUGUCUUUUAUUCUUGCUGAUGCAAAUCAACGAAAGACAGAACUGAUUAAAUUACAUUUGUUUACUUCUUCCUUGAUGAUAAUAAGACACAGCCUGCCUUUUAUAAAAGGCAAAAAUAGAGGAUGUGACUGUUUCUACAGUAUUUCUAGAAAGGCUUCCCCCUCCCUUACAAUAUAAAGGCAUUUUUUUGUUUCUAAUGUCUUGAUUUACCAGAUAAUGUGCACUUCCUAAUGUGCAUGGAACAAGAAUAGAGCUAUGAAGGACAGUUAGCAAUGGAUUCCAUUUGGAAGCUUCUAUCUUGUUAUUUUUAUUAAUCCAACAGUAUAAAUUAGCAGAACACAUCACAAAACAAACACAGCAAGAUCCUUCUGUCCUUCACAGUAGGGCUGCUGAUCAUUGCACAAAGCAGUGCCCUCCAUUGCAGGCUUUGGGUUUAUACAGUCCUGCUACUGGGUCCUGCCUUCAGGGCACUGGUACCACUGCAGAGAAAGGAGAGGCACAAAUAGGAUUCCCAGGAUUGUUUUGGUGAGUAAUGUGCAUGUCUUGGGGAUUGUGUAAUACCUUUUUUUUGAACACUUGUCCUGAGAAAGGAGGACUGGGUUUGUCUGUCUUGCUUGUGCAGUUUGCAAGGGAAAAUUUCUGGUGGAAAGAUUCUCCUGAUCCUGGCUGCUCGUGAGAGGUAGGACAAUGUCACCAGGAGCACAGAGAAUUACAGCUGGGAGACUUUGGGAAGCAUAAAUGGCAGAAACAGGAGAGGUAGAGGACAAGCAGAAAGGAGGUGGUUAAGGAAGUCAUGACAAAACUGCCCUCAUGAUGGCUUUUUCCUGCAUUUUUCAAAAAGAGAGAAAAGUGCAGCAAAGGAUGGCAAAGGCAAGAGAAGUGUCUGAAGGCUUCUCAGCAGUGCAGUCAAACCUCCUGAUUUUAGAGCUGAAACUAGUCUUAGGGAGUGAUAUCACCUGGCAGCUGAGCCAAAUCUAAAGGACUGCUGGUAUCAAAAUGAUGCUUCUGCUUCCAGUCAUGCUGCUUUCUUUGUGCAGGUCUGGUGCUUGUCUGACUCUUAAAUGAGCUCAUGCAGCUCAGUAAACUGCAAGAAAAUGAAUUCAGUAAAAAAUAUACCAGUCCAGGAAAGGAGAAGAAUUGGACACUGUGAGGAUUGAGACCGCAAUGAGCGGGAGGAGCAUGAACACCAGAAUUUUGCUGCACAUUUGGGGUGUUUUGGGGGUGCCUUGCUCCUAGCUGAUGUUUAACCCCUCACUUCACCUCCUAGGUGGGGUUUCCCUCAGAAGGGCACACGAUGAACAUGCCUGAGCAGGGAGGUGAGGCAAGGUCAGCCAGCAGCACCAGCCCCUGGGGCAGAGAGAGGGCUGAGUGUGACUGCAGCAGCCCAGCAGGAUGCUGGCAUGGGGAACAGUGUAGUGCAAGAGGAACCACAAAGGAAAGGGGACACAUGCAGAGUAACCACAGAAGGUUACUGCAACAAGCACUGGAAAAUGCUUGAGUACAGGUAAUGGUCCCAUCUUCCUAAUCUGGCUCUUAAAGGGUUUAUUCUCAUGUAUCCAUGUAGCUGCCCCUGAAGGUGCUUAUGUCCCUUGUUUAGCCAUACAUUUCUCUAAAUUGGGUUUUGAUAAGAGGACAGCUGCUGCAUUUUUAUUAUCUGUGAUAAGCAGCAGUAAAAUCUGUUUAGAGUUCAUGAUGGAAAUGUAUCCAUAUAUUGGCAUUUUUCCAGCUGCACUUCACAAAGGUAAAUGGGACACACGAGUGGUGCACUGCCCCCUUUUAAUCCAUUUUCUCUAGAUGGGGGCACUUUGCCUCUCUGCAGGAGAGGCCAGCACAGCUACUGUGCUAAUAAACACUCAUUCCUCACUGCAGCAUCUGCACUUCCCAGACUCAUAAAUCCAAGCAACUUGUAGUUGAAUAGCAAUUAAAUAUCCACGUGCAUUUCCAUACCACGGUCUGGUGCACAAGGCACUGGCUAAGUGGCUGCACAUCUGCUGUCUGCUCCCCCACACGUGCUGCUGGCAGAGCCUGAGCACUUAACCUUAUCCUGCCACCACUAAUGGAAAAUGGGAAGCAGAGCAUCAUCCUACAGAUAUUUUGCCAUAUCUUUCUAAUAUAAUAAUGUUCUUUCUUGUUUGGGGUCUUUGUUUAUAAUUAUUUGUAUUUGGUUUUUUUAAGCAGCCUUUGUCUUUCUCUCAGGAUUUCCAGGCCAGGGAUUCAGUUGGGAUGUUAAUGUCAGUUGGAAAUGAGACAUCAUAUUGAAAAGUUAGUUGAUAUUCAGGACACUGAUAUAUCCUCACAACAAUUUUGUGUCACUUGUACAAAACCCAGAGACUUGGUAAUGCAGUAAGAUAAAUGUAGUGCCUGAUUACAGUGGAUGUAUUGGACUUAUUAAAGGCAUCUCUUAUCAUGA